AUAUGCCACGCACCGGUGGAGACGGCCGGUACGAGACGCCGGACGCCGCUGACCUCCAGAGACUUCUGUGGGUCAAACCUGGAACCAGCGGCCAUCUUGAUGAGGUCAGACCUGGAAUAUACAUCGGAGACAUGUACGCAGCGAAGGACAAACACAUGCUACAGUCCCUGAACAUCACAUACGUGCUGAACGCCGCUCACGGGAAGUUCAACGUUAACACAGGAGCCAGUUACUACAGAGACACUAAAAUCACAUAUCGUGGCGUGGAGGCGUUUGAUAUGCCCUCAUUUGACUUGAGCCCCUUCUUCUACUCUUCUGCCAAGUUCAUCAAGAGUGCCAUGAGCACCCCUGGAGGUAAGGUGCUUGUGCACUGCGCAAUGGGUCUGAGCCGCUCAUCGUCGCUGGUUUUGGCGUAUCUGAUGAUCCACGAGGACAUGACGCUGGUGGAAGCCAUUAAAGCCGUCGCACAGCACAGGAAUAUCUGCCCAAACUCCGGCUUCAUUGAACAACUGCGAGAACUGGACAAAAAACUGCACUUCCAGAGCACUGCCCUCUAACACUGGACCAACAUGCUCACGUCAUGUUUACUGAUCAGAAAUACACUACAUUAGGUACAGUAACAGAGCUAUUGAUGUGCAUAAAGAUACCCAUCAGUUAUGACAGAAAUGCAUGCUUCAGAAAUUGCCUUACACACAUAUGAUGGAAUUACAUGAUUGAUACAGGAUUUAAUUUCUCAAUUAAAAUGUCUUUUUUUUAAA